GCUUUUUCCAAAGUGAUUAGUCCGACGACGCUCUUUCUCUAUAUGUAUACACACCCACAUAUGGGAGAGGGACGUAGUACCCCUAAUGCUAUAUUACAUCGAUAGUUCUAUUCAGUUCCACCAUUGAGUUUCUUCUUCUUCUUCAUCAUCCUAGUAAUAAUAGUAGUAGUGUUUGUUUAUUUGAUUCCCAAUUAUGUCAGUAGGAGAGACCAUAGGUGCGAUUUUGGAAACUUUACCAGUGGGAUUCAGAUUUCAUCCCACCGAUGAAGAACUGGUUGAUCGCCAUUUGAAGCCAAAGAUACUGGGCAUGGAUUCCCAAGUAGAAAUCAUCCCUGAGGUUGAUAUCUGCAAAUGGGAGCCGUGGGAAUUACCAGGUUUUUCAGUGUUGCAAACAGAUGAUCUAGAGUGGUUCUUUUUCUCUCCUCUUCAUAAGAAGUACCAAAAUGGCAGUCAAUUCAAAAGGGCAACAAAGGCUGGCUACUGGAAACCCACCGGUUUGGGUCGUGACAUCUUGUCUCGGACCAACAAAGAGGUGAUUGGUACCAGGAAAACUCUGAAUUUCUACGAAGGCCGUGGUCGUGCUGCUGUGUUGACCAAUUGGGUUAUCUACCAGUAUCAGUAUCAUCGCUCAGAUAUUGCCUCCCUUCCUUCCAAGAGGGCCUAUGUUCUGUGUCGCUUAAAGAGAAAAAAAGAUAAGAAGACAGGGUCCUAUAUACCAACCCCUGAUGAAGCUGUUGCAGGUACUGGGAUUCAUCUGAAUGGCCCGGCCAACAACAUGACCUUAGAUGCAGGGCCGAGCCACCAUUUUAGCGAUAUUGCUUCUGAUAUUCGAAAUUAUCAAGUAGAGGAAAUGACUUCAGAUGAGGAUCCUCAGCUACCAGGUUUAUUAAAUGACAUCCCAUUUACUCCACUGGAUUCUGAUUGGUUCUCUGACACAGAGCAAGGACUUGACUUGGAUCUCCCAUCUCCCAGUGGCUUUAACAAUAGCUAUGGAAAUAUGCAGUUUGAGGAUGGGGUUGAUACAGAAUUUGCAGAUAGUCUUAUUGUUGAUCCAGAUGAAUACCAUUGUGAAGGAUUAACUGGUCAGAGGAUCUCAGCUGUUGACAGUUGGAACCUAAACCAUGGUUUUGUUGGCAGGCUAUCAGCCCGCCCACAGAGCCCAUUGAAGGGAGUGUAUGGUAAGGGUCCUGGAUCAAGCAGUAACACAAACACUCAAGUGCUCCAAGGUUUCUGUUUGCAGGCCAAAGACAGGGCAGAAUAUGGUUCUGUUAUUGAUCUGCUCCAAAACAAAAACCCCAUCAGAGAGUUCAAAAAAGACAGCGAAGUUACUGAAAAAGCAAAUCCAAAUCUGAGUUCAAUAUGGAAUGAGUCAGUCGGAAUGAAUCAAAAGGGUUCCUUCAGUUCCCCAGAGACAGCUUCUGCAAGCCAUGAGCCAAGUUCCACACCAGGUUACCCUGUCAAUUUACUUGCAGGCAUACUAUUGUUGGUGCUGGACAUCAAUGCAAACAUUUAAAAGCCUUUGCCAUGAGGUACCAACCGGCCAGUCAUAACCAAAAAAAUUCACACAGUGAAGAAGCAUCAAGGAAGAGAAGCAUGUGUGUUUUUUUUUGGCUACAUGGAGAUAUCUUAAACUCAAGGUUCUGCAAGAAUAGCCUUUACAUAGUUGGCCAUGUUGGUAAAUGCUUUAUAUGGAGUGAGGAUUACUUUCUAUGGAUUUAUAAUUAUGUAUGUUGUCUUUAAGGAUAUUUGAGUGUUACAAGCAGUAUGGAUAGUAGAUGUAACAUUGGUGAAGACUCAAGAGAAGUAAGUGGGUUUUGUAGUAUGGAGAUAUCUUAAACUCAAGGUUGCAAGGAUACUACUUAAGUAGUUGGCCAUAGUUUGUAGAUGCAAUAUGUGGAGUGAGGAUCACUUUGUGGAUAAAAACAUAUAUGUUUGUUGUACUAGAUGCACAUGUAUGUAAUGUGUUCUUGAUGA